GCGUGUGUGUAAGAUAGAGAGAGACACAGAGAUACAGUGUGACUUUUUUAAAAGUUGGUUACAGUGAAUUCAUCUGUUCGACAUGGUUAAGCUCUGAGUUUUUACAUCUGGGUGGACUUUUCCUUUUGUCUUCAUCAAAAAUGGAGACCAUCUUCGCCAAAGCGCUCUAUGACAACACAGCCGAGACCCCAGAUGAGCUGGCCUUCCACAAGGGUGAUGUUGUUGUGGUGAUACAGAAAACCGUCGAGGGCAGCUUGGGCUGGUGGAAAUGUUCCCUGCAUGGCCGGGAAGGCCUGGCGCCGGCCAAUCGGCUGCGACUCCUCUCACCAUCCGAGAGCAUUUAUCAAACCCCGCGGCCCUCAGAAGCAAACCCGACUUAUGAGCUCAUGGAUGGGGGCUACAAGGUGCCAUCAGCAACAAACAUAGUGCACAAUCCUGAACUUUUCCCAUCACAGGAGAGAAACCACUCUUUAAAUAAGAUGAUACAUGAUGCCUCCAGACCCAGUCCUCCGGGUACUCUGUAUGCUGUUCCUAGUCUUGGAAGAAAGAGCUCUUUAUUUACGCCGGUAUCGCCACGCCCUAUGGUGCGGAAAAUGUCAGCUGCUGAAAUUCAGAAGAGAUAUGAAAUCAUGGACAACAGCAAAUGCAAAAAAGAGGUGUAUGCUGUACCUCAUACACCAUCCAAAGAUUGCAAUUAUGAUGUCCCUGUUCCUUCUAAAAAUGUGCAACACCUAAAGCAGGUUCCAAGUUGCAGCACUUUGCCUACCCCACGGAAGUUAGAGCAGAUAUAUGAUGUGCCUGUAGCACCCGAAAAAGCUCUCGUUGCACGUGGUUUCUAUGGCACAAUGCCGGCCAAAGGUACGUCUUCAGGAAAAGAUCUCUAUGACACUCCACCUCCAUGUGUUCGUCCUUCAGUAGUCCCUGGUGGCGUCCUAUAUGACAUCCCAAAAUGUAGUGAGGAAGCACAACAAAAAAAAGACUUCACACGACCUGAGGAGGAAGGCAUCUAUGAUGUUCCACCUAGCAUCAAGCAAAUACAACCCACUGUGAAUGGUCUUACAGUCCCAAAUCAGACAAUUAAACACCAAGGUAAUUUUGAAAAUGUUUCCAAACCUUUGGAGUACAGGUGUAAAGCUGGACCGGGACCUGAUCAUCCUCUCGGACGUUCAUCAUGGGGCAGAAAGAUUAUGUUGUCUAGAGAACUACAGGAGAGGGGUGAAAAAAACAUUGGUGAUGAGGUAAAGAAUGGCAAACUUGUGUCUGUUUCUGAAAACCAACGCAACUCCACGGUGUCCACUACAUCCACCACUUCCAGCUCAUCCAGCUCUUCCAGGAGCUCUUGUGACUCUCGGAUGUUUAGCUCCCCUUCACCGGAGCCACUGCGGGAGGUCACACUGUCUCCAGAGGAAGCCGCCCAAAGACUUUUGCAGCUCCAGGAAACAGUUUGUCGGGCCGUGCCCAAACUCAUGAACUUCGUAAGUAGUCACUGGAGAAGCCGCGAGCAUCUGAGCCAGCACCUCCAAGAGAUCCGUGCAUCCUCAGAGCAUGUGGCCAAUUCAGUCACCUCCUUUCUCAGCUUCGCCCUGGAUAUUAGAGGUAACGCUCAGCGUCUGACUGACUGUAACCUGCAGACAAGGCUCCUUAAACAGCUUUCCAUCGUGGAGGACUCAGGACUGAUUCUGCAGACAUCUGUAAGUGCUCUAGGGGGCUUAGGCUGGUCUCUAGAUGUCCUGGCUCAGGAUCACAAGCAGCCACAUUCUCCAGAUCAGCUGGAACGCUUUGUCAUGGUGGCACGCACUUUGCCCGAAGACGUAAAACGAUUGGUGUCCAUCAUCAACGCCAACAGCAAGCUCCUGUUUAGAAACUCGUCAAAAGAGCCAGAAAUGUCAAAGGACACAACUCCGCCACAUGCGAGAAAAAGCCCUAGCAAGAAUAAACCGCUGCAAGAUACACAUGGAGAUGAAGAUUAUGUACAACUUCAGACUAAGACAGAAUUUGAAAAGCAACAGCAAAGUGAAGCAAAAAGCAACAAGAAAUUGGACAAAAUUGGAGAAAACGAGAAAAAACAGGUUUCCAAACCAGAGCCUACCUGCCCUGAGAGCACAAGCCAACAACCCUGCAAGACCAUCGUUUCUGACCACUGCCAUCUGCGUUUAUAUUUUGGUGCCAUCAAGAAGGCCAUUGCUGUGUUUGUUGCUAGCCUUGAGGAGCAGAAUCCCCCGGAGAAGUUUAUAUCCCACAGUAAGCUGGUGAUCAUGGCAGGACAGAGGCUAAUAGACACCCUUUUUUCCGAAGCUCAGAGCAGGCAGGACAAUCAGGAACUACUGUACAAAAGCAACCACUUGUGCGCCCUCCUUAAACAACUGGCAGUGGCCACCAAAAAAGCAGCGCUGCACUUUCCUGACCAAGUGGCACUCCAGGAAGCAAAGGACUUCGCCAGAGAGCUGGCUCAGAGGGCACACCAUUUUCGCAUGUCUCUGGACAUCUAAGGGCGAGGAUGGGAGUUUCAGUCAGACACAUAUCUGCAUGUUUUGCACCUGAGCAUCUCUGCUUUAUUCUGUCACUUCAGCUAUAAAGGUGUCAGAAAAAAAAAGAACAGCAUUUAGUGCAACCUUUCAGCUAUGACUUAUGCAUAUUUAUUAAAGCAACACUGAAAAAGCAAUAAAAUACCAGAAUAGGUGGAGAACUUGAUGAUCAGCAUCUUUCUUAAGUAGCGUACAGUACAAAAAUGGCAUUGCCCAAGUGAGUGUGCAGCUAGCCUCAUUUUAAAUAUUACGGUUUAUUAUUUUUCAUCUAAGCAAAACUUGCACUUUUUUUUCACAUCAGAUGUAGUUGGAAUUUCAAAACGGACAAAACCUCAACGACAAAAAAAAAAAAAAAAAUCCAUAAUUUUUUUUCUCAAACAUAGGACUAUAUGCUAAAAUUAUUGAUAGCCCAAGAAGUAUUUUAGGGUAAUGCGAAGUGUGUUAUUUUUGAAAGACUUGUAUUAUUUUGUGAACGCUAUGUAGCCAUGUCCUGUUUCCCCAGGGUAUAAAAAUGAGACUAUAUACAUGCAAAAUCAUUUUGUCCCCUGUUAUGGAAAAUUUCUAACACAAAAGAGAGAAACGAGAGGAUCAAGAUCCCUCCACAAGUCUCUUCAACCUUUUUAUAACCUUUUCCUUUUUUUCCCCUCAGUUGUGUUAUUCACUCCAAGGCGAGCAUUAUAAUAUUGUAUUUCAUAUUUUUUAGCGUGCUGAUCCUUUUGAAAGCAGUGUUUUAUUGGGAAAAAUGACUAAAUAAAAACCUUUCAUAUGAAAAAGAAACAAAUACUGUAUAUACAUUGCAUAUUUAAGCACAAAACUUUACUCAUGGCAUUGGUUAUUCCUUAUUAUGUUGUUAUAAUGACUGUUGUUUAUUUUAUUAAGAAUACAAACAAUUCUCAAAGCUACUGUUUGUACAUUCUUAAGGUAUUUACUAAUCUUAAGUAUUUUUUA